AGCUGCUUUGGACGCGACCACACUAUACAGCACAACGUCGAUGGAAAAGAUGCAGAAGAGCGUUCCGGUUAGGCUCCGGUAGAAAAGCAGACUUUCAGCUUUCAGCAAAAGCGCGGAGGAACCGGGGAACCGGUGCAGGACGUUCUGCGGAGGAGCUGUGAGUGACGGGGGAGCGCGAGACAGCAACGCGAGACAGGCGCCAUGCGCUGCGCAGGUGGCACGCUGCUUCUCGCGGUGGCUGUUUUGGCCGGUUUACACCAAACUAGAGCCGAGGGGUGUUCUGGAUCAUCAUGUGGGAAGUGUGACUGCAGUGGUGUGAAAGGGUCUAAGGGUGACAGAGGAUUCCCUGGCUUGCAAGGCAAUAUGGGAUUUCCUGGUAUGCAGGGGCACGAGGGCCCUCCAGGACCAGUGGGACCAAAGGGAGAUAUUGGAGAGCCCGGCACUCCUGGAUUGAAAGGCGCUCGUGGACCUCCUGGUGCAGCUGGUUUCCCAGGAAACCCUGGUCUGCCGGGUCUCCCAGGUCAAGAUGGCCCACCAGGACCAGCAGGUAUUCCAGGGUGCAAUGGAACAAAAGGAGAAAGAGGUGUUGAUGGAAUUCCAGGCAUACAUGGACUGCAAGGACCACCAGGUCUUCCAGGAAUUCAAGGAAUGAAGGGUGAUCCAGGUGGUAUUGAUUUUAUUCCAACCAAAGGAGAAAGAGGUUAUGCAGGAGAACGAGGAGUGCCAGGAUCACCUGGAGACCCUGGACAACAAGGACCAAUCGGCCCACCUGGACCACCAGGGCCCAAAGGAUAUACUGGGCCUCCCGGUCCACCUGGUCCACCAUAUAAUCUCAGCUUUAUUGGUGCGAAGGGUGAGAAGGGUGAGCAAGGGCCCAGAGGACCUCCAGGACGUGCUCCAGAGCCCCCUUAUGUUGAAGGACCGCCAGUAUAUCUACAGGGGGCUAAAGGAGACAAAGGAGACCAAGGAGAAAGAUGUUCAGUGUAUGACACAGGAAUCAAAGGUGAACCAGGACCUCAAGGACCAAGAGGAAAGCCAGGAAAGGAUGGAGAACCUGGAAUUAAGGGGGAAAGAGGAGAUCCUGGUUUCCCUGGUGACAAUGGCUAUAGCGGGGAAAAGGGAGAGAGAGGACCUCCAGGAUACGGUGGCGGACCACCUGGACCCCCUGGUCCUAAAGGGUUUCCUGGACCUCAAGGAGAGAUAGGCUUUCCUGGACAACCUGGAGAGCGUGGUUACCCAGGAAAAAAUAUUCAGGGUCCUCCAGGAGAUAGAGGCUUACCUGGAGAGAUCGGCCAGAAAGGAGACCAAGGUCCUCGUGGAGAGUCUCUCAGAGGACCACAGGGAGCUAAUGGAACUGCUGGUCCACCUGGACCACCUGGACAAUUAAGUGGAGAGUGCAAUAUUGACCGAGGACCACCAGGCCCUCCUGGACCUCCUGGGCUGCAAGGAGAAAUCGGACAGAAAGGUGACAGAGGAGAUACGUGCACAGAAUGUUCAAGUUUUGGCCCUCCAGGUUUACCUGGUGCUCCAGGACCAAAAGGAAAUCAAGGUUUCCCUGGAACAGCAGGCGGGAAAGGAGAUAAGGGUCAGCAAGGCCUUCCUGGAUCUCCUGGAAACCCUGGUAGAGAUGGUCCCCCAGGCUUGAUGGGUGCUAAGGGAGCGCAGGGUGAACCUGGUGAUAUCUUUCUGGCUCCAAAUGUGAAGGGAGAGAAGGGCACACCCGGUUUCCCUGGCACCAGAGGAUUACCAGGUAUAGAUGGACUUCCUGGGAAAGAUGGACGCCCAGGGCAACCAGGACCUAAAGGAGAUCCAGCUAGAGUAGGCAUUAAAGGAGAUCGUGGUGAAGUUGGAGAUCCAGGUCUUAGCGGCCCCCCAGGUGAGAGAGGACCCCCAGGUUUGCCAGGGAUUGGUAAACCAGGAGAACCUGGAGAGAAGGGCACUCAAGGAACGGCUGGUAUGCCAGGAAGACCAGGAUUACCAGGUCCUAAAGGUGAGCCCGGAAAAGGUGUAAGUUCACCAGGACCUCAGGGACCACCAGGACCUCGUGGGGAGUCUGGAAGACCUGGCCUUCAAGGUGAAAGUGGUACUCCAGGUGAUCAAGGAUUGCCAGGAUUCCCCGGGGACAAAGGUGACCCUGGCCUUCCAGGAAUUGGAUUUCCUGGGCCACCAGGGCCGAAAGGAUACUCUGGUAUUCCAGGCACUCCUGGAGUUCCUGGAGAACCUGGUCAGCCAGGGCAGGAUGGUCUUCCUGGACGUCCAGGAGAACCAGGGAAAAAGGGUGAACCUGGUAUUGGCCUUCGAGGACCCAAGGGUACUAUUGGGCAACCAGGAGUGCCAGGGUUUCCAGGUGAGAAGGGUAAUGUAGGAAUGCCAGGAGUCCCUGGACCUGAAGGACGUACUGGCCCACCUGGUCCUCAGGGUGUAAAAGGUGAACGAGGACCUCCAGGAACUCACGGUUUGGCCGGACCACCAGGACCUCCAGGACCUGGUGAGCCUGGAGCAACUGGACCAAUGGGACCCCCUGGACCACCUGGUCCAUUUGGUCGUACCGGUGAAAAGGGAGAUAAAGGUCUGCCAGGUUACCCCGGUCCAUCAACGCCAGGUCCUCAGGGUGAGAAGGGUUCCCCUGGAUUUCCUGGCAUUCCAGGACCAAAAGGGCUCCCAGGGGAUCCGGGACGUCCUGGCCAAGACGGAUUCCCCGGAGAAAGAGGUCCCAAAGGAGAUAUGGGAAUAAUGGGAGCACCGGGGUCACAAGGUUAUCAAGGUGGUCCAGGAAGCCCCGGAGUGUCUGGACCAAGAGGUGACCCUGGUCUGACUGGGCCCAGGGGAGAGAUUGGUGAGCAAGGUGUCAAAGGAGAACGAGGAGAGCAAGGAGAACGAGGACCACCUGGAAAUAUGACCGAUGUGGACAUGGAGCAUAUGAAAGGAGAGAAGGGAGAUUCUGGAGACAGAGGUGAUCCUGGUCCUACUGGUUCAAAAGGGGCCACUGGAAUCGAUGGAGAUCCUGGACUGGCUGGAAAGGAUGGAAUGCCUGGAUUACCAGGACAGCCAGGUGAGAAAGGUGACCCUGGAGUUCCUGGAGAACCUGGAGUACCUGGCCAGCCUGGAAUUAAAGGAAGCAUCGGAGAGAUGGGAAUUCCAGGGACUGGAGGUUUGAAGGGUACUAAAGGUACGAUUGGAACACCUGGACAUCGUGGGUUUAAGGGAGAUGAAGGCAUAAAAGGUGAAAAGGGAGAACACGGUCUUCCUGGAAUAGGAUUCCCUGGCGUCCCUGGCGAGAAGGGUCAAACGGGUACACCUGGUUUCCCUGGAGAGUCUGGACAGAAGGGAGUGAAAGGUACAAUGGGAAUCCCAGGAAGUCCAGGAACUCCAGGACAGAAAGGAGAUGCAGGACAGACUGGCUAUCCAGGCAACCCUGGAGUACCAGGAGAGAAAGGUGUUACAGGGUUACCUGGGUCACCGGGAGACCCAGGUCUUUCAGGACGUCCAGGUGAGCCUGGUCUUCAGGGUCCUCCAGGACCAACAGGGCAGAAAGGAGAGUCAGGAGUAGAUGGCAUUCCCGGAGCAUCAGGAGAGAGGGGUGAUCCAGGUGUACCUGGUAGAGGCUUACCUGGAACGCCUGGAGAGUCCGGCCACAAAGGUGACAGAGGCCACCCAGGUCUUCCUGGUACCCCGGGAAUCCCAGGUAUUCCUGGAACCAAAGGAGAGAAGGGCUUACCUGGCUACGAGGGGAUCCAGGGCCGACCUGGAGAAAGAGGAUUACCAGGGCCGUCCAUGGAGGGACCUAAGGGCAAUACAGGACCUCAGGGAGAGCCUGGAGAACCAGGGCAGACUGGUGUUCCAGGCCCAGCAGGUGUUCCAGGAAGUCCUGGAGCCAAAGGAGAGAGGGGAGAGAAAGGUUUCACAGGUCCACAGGGUGCUGUGGGUCUAAAAGGUGACAAAGGUUUCAUUGGACUUCAGGGUGAGCCUGGCCUACCUGGUUAUAAUGGACCAAAGGGUGAGAUGGGAAAUCAAGGUGUUUCUGGAUUCCAAGGAUCGAGGGGUCCACCUGGAGUGAUCGGUUCCAGGGGUGAGGCUGGUGACAGAGGAUUCCCUGGAGCUAAAGGAAAUGAAGGCCCUCCUGGACCUCCUGGGCCCCGUACCUUUAUAAAAGGAGAUAUUGGCUUCCCGGGACCACAGGGUCCUCCAGGUCUGCCUGGGGCUCAAGGGUUCCCUGGAGCAAAAGGACAACAAGGACUGAUGGGUAUACAGGGUAUGAAAGGAGAAGAUGGGGCACCUGGGUACAAUGGACAUCCUGGAGCAAAAGGAGAACCUGGGCUUAUUGGACCUUCCGGACCCAGAGGAUAUCCAGGCCCCCCAGGUCCUGAUGGACUUCCAGGUCCAGCUGGAUCUCCAGGACCCUCUUCCAUGGACCAUGGUUUCCUAGUUACUCGCCACAGUCAGUCUAUAGAUGUUCCUUACUGUCCUCAAGGCACCACUCUGAUCUACGAUGGAUACUCCCUCCUCUACGUGCAAGGCAACGAGCGAUCGCAUGGCCAAGACUUGGGUACGGCUGGUAGCUGCCUGCGGAAGUUCAGUCCCAUGCCUUUCCUUUUCUGCAACAUCAACAACGUGUGUAACUUUGCCUCUCGGAAUGACUACUCCUAUUGGCUCACCUCUCCUGAACCCAUGCCUAUGAGCAUGGCCCCCGUUACUGGUGACAGCAUCAAACCGUUCAUCAGCAGAUGUGCAGUGUGUGAAGCUCCAGCCAUGGUGAUUGCUGUGCACAGUCAGACCGUGGCUAUUCCUCCCUGCCCUCUGGGUUGGACUUCUCUCUGGAUUGGAUAUUCCUUUGUAAUGCACACCAGUGCAGGUGCUGAGGGAUCCGGUCAGGCUUUGGCUUCUCCUGGAUCUUGUCUGGAGGAGUUCCGCUCAGCUCCCUUCAUCGAGUGUCACGGCCGCGGCACCUGCAACUACUACGCCAACUCCUACAGCUUCUGGCUGGCCACCAUCGAGGAUGAGGAGAUGUUUAGGAAACCUAUCCCAACUACUCUAAAGGCUGGCAAUCUACGAACCCACAUCAGCAGGUGUCAAGUGUGUAUGAAGAGGACUUAAGCCAAACCUGCUCCUUCUUCAGCAUCUGGUUUUAAUGUUCCAGUUUUUACAGAAGAAAAAAAAACAGCAUGGUGCUACUUUGGAGAGAGAAAGCUAGAGGAGAUGAUGGACUUAAAAGGUGUUCUUUAAGGACUGAAGAACGCUGAUGGAACCACACAGACAGAUGUCAGCUUUCUCUGGUCUGCGUUGACCAGACCCCCCCACCCCUGCUGGCGGCUCUGCUCCAAUCAGAACACUACAUACACUAACAUCCUCACUAUGUUCCUUUAGCAGAUGACACCUGUUCACAAUUGCACUGAUUACAUCUACUAGUGAACAGGCUGGCAUUUUGAAAAAGAGUUUUGUGAAUCAGGUGCUAUUGAAUAUAACUAUUCUAUUUGUUCUAUCGCUCGAUCCUUUUGUGUGUUAUUUUUUAUACAAUUUUACCCGUCCCAUUUAACAGCACCAAUUGUAAGUAUCCAGUUUAUCUCUUUUGUUUAUUGUUCAGUUUCUCAUUAUCAAUUACAGUUACUAACUCCAGCACACCGUAAGUACAGAUUGUCAGCAUCCACUUCACGCGGUCCAGCAGUCAGGGUGUAGUUUUGAGCUCCGCUGUAAAUAUCAAACGUUUGUUAUAGUAACUAACAACUCGUCACGAUCAUUUCUUCAGGUAAAUGCAUUUUAAUUUUGUCAUACUGAGUAAUUUAUGGAAAUUUACGAUUAAGAUGAAUCUAUAACGUGACCAAGGGCGCUUUUUCCACACACUGCCGUCUUCACUGUUCUGUUGACCAAGUCAUAAUAUAAUCAACCUUGAUUUGAUUAAGGCACAUAAUGUUGGAUUAUAUUAUUUAGCACUAUAUGCUCUUGUAAGCCGUAUGCAUAUCCGUGUAUGCAGCUGUUAUUGCUAUUCCUGUUUCUAUGCUAGACUCUUAAAAAAAGAAAAAAAGGGGGCUUCAGAGGGUUCUUUGAGGGAUGCCAUAGAAGGACCAUAUUUGUAACACAUAGAACUAAAUGUGAGUGUGAAGAACCUUUGUUUGAACGUCUAAAGAACCUUUUUACCUAUUCUUUACUCCAUUCUUUAGACUGAAACAUGGUGGUUUGGUUCUUAAUGGAACCAAAAGUGUUUUUUUAUGGUAUCACUCACUCAAAGAACCCUUUUUGAAGCACCCUUAUAUUAAAUUCAUCUUAAAGUUUGGGGGGGAAGCAGUGGGACAAACCCAUGUUUACAUCUACAAGCAGUUUUAAUGUGUGGCAACUGGUUAAUGUGUGUGUAUGUAUAUAUAUAUAUAUAUAUAUAUAUAUAUAUAUAUAUAUAUAUAUAUAUAUAUAUAUAUAUAUAUAUGUGUGUGUGUGUGUGUAUCCUCUAUUAUCACCAGGUAUCAAACACACUUACCUGCACCACACACUCACACAUGCGUUCAUUAUAUGCAUUAUCUGCAUACAUUCUUUUGUAAUCUUUACUGCAUAGAAUCAGAUGGUCAUGCCCACUGCUCAGAGUCAAUAGUUUAUAUACAGUUUUUAAGCCACACUAUCUACUGAUAACAUGGUUAUUAACUGCUCAGCCAAAUAAAUAGUGAUGAAAAGCUAGAAUAAUUAAAGCAAGGCUUCUAUAUACAGUACUUCCACACAUUCAGCUUCUGCCGCACUAAUCCAAACCUUGUUUGUUCAACCUCCCCUACCCAGGAUGCUGUGCUGUCUUUGUCCUUGUCAUUACAGUGCUGGUCUGUCUAGACUUCACGAUGUGUCUCGAGUUUCUUUUGCUGUCUUAAGUGCCUAAUAAUUGAAUGCUAGACCAAAGAAUAUGCACAUGUACACUUACCAUUUUGUACACUGAAUAUACUUGAUUUAAGUAGAUAUUGUAAGUGUUAACCUCUUCAGAAUCCUCUUGUAUAUAAAGUCCAGGUAGUUAUUCUCCUCUCUGGCAUUUAUUCAGCCUAAACCACACCACUGUUUCAGCCAAAGCCAGAUAGAUUUAUUAGGUUUAUUUAUGUAUUCCGAGAAGUGCCUUAAACAAAUUUGGGGUUGUGAAAAUCGAGGAUCUGUUUCAGAUCGCCCACACACGCCUUCAUCCUGGUUUAGCCCACACCAGCUGAUUGUACUCUUUCAUGUAACGUCACUGACCUCACUCGGAUGCCGCUGUAGCCUUUCCUAGCUGAUGAUGUUGCCUCCCCUGCGAAUGCCUGGAUGCAGUAUUAAAAGCACUUGCUCAGCAUUGAGAUUCAUGGAAGGAUUUUUUAUUUUUAUUUUUCAGAUUUCUCACUUUGUGUCUCCCCCCCUCUGGAUUGAAGUCAUACAAUACAAUAAAACUGUUUGUAUAAA